GCCCUACUGCUUCUUACAACCAAGUGAGCUCAGCGGUACCCCAGCUGCCCGCCCCGCCGGUUUCCUGUACCACCACGUUCUGUUAGCUUUGAGCUAAGAUGGAGCUCCUUAGCAUUCUGAUUCCCCUGCUCCAGUUCUCGCUGGCUGUGGCCGUCCUGGCGCAGUCCGCGGUUGCGCUGUCCGUCCUGGAGGGCGGCAUGCUUACUUUGGUGAUGGCGCUCUGCGUUUGCGCUGUGUCCAAGUGCCCUGGGCAUGAGGAUUCUGACUGCGAGGACCGACUUGUCUCCGAGGAUGACCGGCCCUCAAGCCCGGCGUCUUCUAUCGGCGACAAGAUGGACAUGCACAUCGCCGACCGCGACGGCUUUCCGCCUGCUGACAACGAGCCAAAGCCCAAACUGCUGUGCGCUGCUGAGACUCCUCUGGGCUCGCUGGCUGAUGGCUCCCUGAAGCCUGCUGUCACCGCCCCGACCUGCGACACCAACCCCGCCUGCCCGAAGCCCGACGCCAUCGACGGUUCCGACACCGAUGCCCUCGACUUCACCAUUUGCUCCUGCCUGCACGCGAGCGGCUGCCCCCUGGUCAUCAUCGACCACUCUGCCGACGAUAUUGCUCCCUACAAGCCCGCUGGCUCUGGCGCGUACCGCCUGAUGUUCCAGACAUUCACGAAGCACUGGGCCGGCGUGCAGCAGGCCUGGGACACCAUUCAGGCUCUGAAGGCUCGGGCCACGGACCGCCUACAGCAGGCACUGAGCUGUCGUUUCGACAUGAUCCAGAUUGGAUCUGAUCUGGUGCUCGAGUACCUGGCUCAGACGGUGUGCGAGCUUGAGACCCAGGCUGUGUGGGACCUGCAGGAGGCCGGCCAGUGGGAGGUGGAAUGGCAGGUCCGCCUGCAGGCCAUGCAGCUGGCGGUGCGUGAGGCAAAGGCCGUGGCCGAGCACGGCUGGCUGGAGAGUGUGGUCUCCGUGCCUGGCUUCGUGGUGUGAAGGCCCUGUGCGGCCGGCCGUCGAGGCGAUGGACUGACCUAUCAAAAAAUCGGUGUUUUUCAACACCACCCUAAAUGGCAUCCUGGUUUUGAGCUCGGGGUUGGAUGGGAACAGGCAACGGACUGCAAUCCGUGCAGGCGGCAAGCAAUGACGUACGGUACGGUACAGGCCAGGUCAAAUCGACAAGGAGUUUCAGUACAGGACCGCUGAUGGCACGGAGUGAUAGUGCUUGUCUUGAGGAGUCGAUUGACGCCACUUUGGUAUAAGAUGGAGGGGUUUUAACCCCUACACACCAAGGUUUGUCCGUGUGUGUGUGGGUGUGUGGGUGUUGGGGGGGGGGGGGGGGUCGGUCGUCCCCUCUAGGAGUGUCCCGAGGGUUUCGAGGCAUGGGGUUGACGAGUGUUGCGGAACUAAUGCGUACGUAGACCAGAGCGGAAGGCGGAGUGGGCUUGCAGGCGGCACGAGAGUAGGCAGUCAGUAGCGCAAGUUGCGAAUUCACAUGUUACCUCGUAACCGACGGUAAACGCUGUGGACGGUCGCGCCCAUGGCUGGCUGACGGAAGGUGGCUGCUGUAUUGGGAUGGCUGGGCUGCUGGACGACGCCGGCCGGGCUGGCGUUGGGACUACCAGAAAGGAUGCGCCCGAAACCAACCUGGAGAACACCAGCGCCACCGGUGCCCAGCACGACAUGUAAGGGAGGGAGGAGGGAGGGACAGGAGGCGUGAUGCACUGCAGCGUAGAAGCUAUGGCGCUAGGCGCGAGGCAAGCAACGUCAACCCCUAAACAACCGCGAGGACAUGGUGCGCAAGCCGGGCUGCAGGCUGUGGCUGUUAUGGCUGCGCGCUGCGCGGGGUGACUAAACGAAGAACACUAAGUACGGGGACGUGAUGGAUGCGGUUAAAUAAAUGAGCAAGGGCGCCGGGCGGCCGAGGAAGUAACGACAGCGGGGUCUGGCACUUUGUUUCCUACCCCCCCCCCCCCGCCCCCUCCACCAGGACCUGAAAGUGAGCCCAAGCUUUACAGCCGUUGCCUUGAAGUAAGCCCACGGCUAGUCGACCGGAGCUGGAUGAGAGCAGCCAAACCCGCGAGUGUCACCCCUCCGCCGCGACCGCAGGCUGCCUGACUGGACAGGUUCCGUGGAGCACGCCACGCAAAACACGCACACGGCCCCAGACCUGGCUCUGGGCUGCAUAACUCAAAUAUAUCAGGCAUAUGGUCGUUUUGCAUGCUAGACUGCGUCAUGCCGCAAGUAACGUAGCUGUCACACAGCCGGCUCCGAUGCAGCUGCUGGCCGUAAACCCAGACAUAUUUCUGUGCACGUCACUUCUAGAAUAAAUAUUUCACCACAUAGAUAUACGUAACCGAGUACGAGAAUGCCAUCCUGAGCCAGGAGCAUGUCCAACCCGCCAUGAACUUAGCUCGAGACGCCACAAACCUGCUUUCUGACGCCCCGCUGUGUUAAGCGUCUAUGGCAUAUAUCACUGUCGUGGGUAGCUAUCAUUCGGGGACGGGGAGCCUGCGUCUCGGCAACGAGGCCCUGCAGGUCUGGCGAUUAGGGUUCAGGGGGAGCUCAGCUGGCAGCCGGGCAAACGGCACAUGGCGCUUGUAGCAUAUGGCGUGAGGAGGCUGGGUGGCAGCGAUGUAGUUCUGCCGAAGCGCCCACGGUAACUCUCAGCGGCCGCUGGGAGCUGCUAGCGCGCUGGCCCAAGCUGGUCUUUCCCGCCCCGCCGCCGUCCGUGGACGUGGCCCAGGCCCCUGCCUCCCCGACAAUGCGGCGCAGGUGGGUGGUGGCUUUGGGCGUGCAUGUGCUGGCGGGGGAUGUUUGGGGGCGGGGCGGGGUAGGAACGGGGCGCGGCGCGGCCCGUGGCGGUUCGUAGUGUAGCGGCGGCGUGACGUGGCGUGUGGCGUGGCGCGUGGCGGCGCGGCACGUAGUGGCGCGUGAUGGGUCACCGCGUGCCGAGUCCCUAUUCAAGCUCCGGGCUGCGGGGCGAUGGGGGGCACGUGAGGUCGCAGCAGGGGACCACUGAGCGCAUACCGGCAGCGAGUGAUGCGUGUGGAGACAUUGCCUUGGACAACGCGGAACAUGGGCGUGGGCGUUGCAGCCGUGGGCGUUGCAGCUGUCCGCAGCGCCCUGCGGGAGCGCUCGGGUGCUGCUGCUGGCUAGCUCGUGCAUUGGGGUCUUGCCAGGGUCGUCCUAGGGCGGCGCGGCUUAGCCGGCCAACAUUCAACGCUGGAGGUGGGAGCGGGGCGAUGUCCCACGCUUUGUCUGGUUGCACUUCAUUUCGACUUUCCAUCUGGGUGGUUAUGUGGCUGGGAUGAGUGCGUGAGUACGUAUGCCCUGGAUCAUCUG